UGGAUGGCACCGUGCCAAGGAGCUGCAAACCUUGGUAGAUGCAAUCUUGAGGGAAGCCUUGUGGAUGCAAACACAGACAGCGCUGCUGACUCACGGCAGUCUGACAGGAAAAGGCUCUCCUCCACUUCUGCUUGUCUCGGGCUUCCUCCGGCAUGCGGUUAGGGAGGACUUUGUAUCUGUCUCCCUGCUUSUUUGAUACUGUUCCUAUACUGGCCAGCGUGACUCCACAAAAGGAACUGGGAGAUGUCAUUCAUUUAGCYGUGGAAGGCUUUAUCAGCCCUUGCAGUGGCUUUCCCCUGCACACAGCACUCAAGGCUGGAGCUGUAGUGGAGGAAAAUGGAGCCUGUAGAUCUCCUGGCACUUGUCUCCCUAGAAAUGAACAGUACCACAGUCACCGUGGCUUUGCUGGCUGUCUUCCUGGUCCUGCUGUAUUGGUACUCCACAUCUGCAUUCUCCAAACUAMGCAGAGUAGGGAUCCGACAUCCUCCGCCUCUUCCUUUCAUUGGAAACCUGCUCUUUUUCCGUGAGGGUUUUUGGGAAAGCCACACAAAACUCAUAACAGAAUAUGGACCUGUUUGUGGGUAUUAUAUWGGUCGCCAGAUGUUUGUGGUGGUCUCCUCACCAGAGAUGAUCAAGCAAAUCUUAGUGACAGAUUUCAGUAACUUCACCAACAGAACUAAGCCGAAGUUGAUUUCCAAGCCAAUGCUUGAUAGCAUCCUUUGUCUUCGUGAUGACAGAUGGAAGUACGUGCGGAGCCUCCUGACCCCAGCCUUCAGCGAUACCAAACUGAAAGAGAUGACUCCWCUGAUAAACCAGGCCUGUGACACCCUGCUGUGUAACUUGAAAGYCUACGCAGAUUCUGGCAAAGCUUUUGAUAUCCAGAGGUGUUACAAAUGCUUUACCUUGGAUGUYGUUGGUAGCGUAGCUUUUGGAAUUGAGGUGGAUUCUCAGAAGAAUCCUGAUGACCCCUUUGUGAAGAAUUGCARAACAUUCUUUGAAAGGUCUUUGUUUAAGCCUCUUCUCAUUCUGAUCCUUUCUUUCCCGUUCAUAAUGAUCCCAUUGCUACGCAUUUUUCCCAGCAAGAAACAAAAGGAACUGAAUGGAUUUUUUAUCCAAACCAUAAAAAAUGCGAUUGUCUACAGACACCAGCAAGAUGCAGCUGAGAGGCGCCGAGAUUUUCUGCAGUGGAUGCUCGACUYGCGCGGCUCAGCCGAGUGCUCGGAUGUGCUCAGCCCCUCUGCUGCUCCCAGACACACUGAGGAGCCUCUUCCUGGUGGGGCCCCGUCUCCAAAGGCUCAGAAAAUGCUAACAGAGGAUGAGAUUGCAGGCCAAGCUUUCCUGUUCCUGAUYGCUGGCUACGAGACCACCACGAGCACGCUGUCCUUUGCCACCUACCUGCUGGCCACCAACCCAGAGUGCCAGGAGAAGGCUCUUCGGGAGGUUGAUGAGUUCUCUGCCAAACACAUGGUCCCUGAUUCCCAAAAUGUCCAAGAACUCCCUUAUCUGGACAUGGUGAUUGCAGAGACGUUGCGCAUGUACCCACCUGCAUUCAGAUUCACUAGGGAAGCAGCUAAAGACUGUGUAGUGCUGGGGCAGCAUAUUCCAGCAGGAKCUGUCAUUGAAACUGCAGUUGGACACCUUCACCACGACCCUGAGUUCUGGCCAGAGCCCGAGAGGUUCAUUCCUGAGAGGUUUACAGAGGAGGCCAAGAAGGAACGACAUCCCUUUGCAUAYCUGCCCUUUGGGGCAGGACCCCGUGGCUGCAUUGGCAUGAAGAUGGGUUUGUUGGAGACAAAAAUGACUCUGCUGAGGAUUUUGCAGAAGUUCCGGUUCAAGACCUGCCCAGAGACUGAGAUUCCUUUGCAGCUUAAAUCAAAAGCCACGCUUGGACCAAAAAAUGGAGUCUACAUUAUGCUGGAAYCUCGCUAAAAGGAAAAGCACAAUCCUGAAGCCUUCUGGGAUGAGGUCCUUUGUUAGUGACUCACUGGGUAUAAUUAUUUUUCAAAACUCCAAGCCUAAGUCCCACUGAUGGCUAGUGCCCUCCUGUGGGAUAAACUCCAAUCACUUUUUAAAAUGGGCUCCACAGUCUUUUUUGGAGGUUUUCAAAUKGCUGUGAAUAGCAUCUGUAAAGAAGCAUCCAACUUUCACUUGCUUUUCUACAUAACCAUUAUUUUCACUUACCUUUGAGAAUGCUUUCCUCAUGCUCAGUUUCCACACUUUACAAUAGAUUUUAAUUUCAAUUAAUUUAACAUAUCCUUCUCAUGCACUUGUGAGUCCCUUCUCCAGAGAGAGCCCCACAGGCACCACAGUUAUGGCAGAAGACCUGGGACUCAGUGCAUUGGAUUUUAUCAUGAACUCCACUAACAAUCAAAGCUGAGGUUCCUGCACAAUGUUUAAUCUCUCCCUGGGUCUGUGAAGCAGAAGGACUUGCACCUCCCUCAUGCUCUGAAGUGUUUUUAAAUACACUUAGAUUAACAAUUUGCACUUGGCACACUGCAUUGAUGUGACAGAAGAAGGAGAAGAAUGAAGAGUUCCCUGGCUUUCCAGUAAAGUUCCAGCAGCUAAGACCAAAGAAAAGAGGUGACAGCCAUUUUGCUGGCUGCUGUUGGAAAGGUGGAGACGAAGAAGAGAUGAAUUUAAAGCAAGUGGGAGGACUGGAGGAAAUUUAAGGGUAAUCAGAAGGUGUUGGUACAACAUCUGCUUCAYGGGGAGGCCUUUCCUUUCCAAGCAUUGCAGCUGGCACCAUCCCUGUCUCACUCCUUGAAUCCAGGAAAUCAAGAGCAAGCAGUAGAGCCARUGCAAAGGAGUGGGAUCCUGGAUCCUCAGCCCCAGCAGGUGCCUUGACUCCUAAUGUGACCCUGUGAUAGGUUUUGUCCCCAGUGCCUCGCUCCCUUCAGGAAGGAAUAGUCUGACUGCAGCAGAACAGCCACAGCUCCCCCUGCUCACAUUCCCUCUGUUCUACUCCUCUGCAAAGCCCUCACCCACCACACAGGGAGGGRACACAGCUGGRACAGCUGACCCCAGUGASCACAGGGACAUUCCAUUCCAUAUGGCACCMUGCUCAGCAUGGAAACCUCGGGGGAGAAGAUGGAAGGGGGACGACAUUUGAAAUGAUGGCAUUUGCCUUCUCAGGUCACUGUUAUGCCUGCUGGAGCUCUGCCCUCCUGGGAUGGUGGAACACCUGCCUGUACAUGGGAAAUGGUGAAUGAAUUCCUUGUUYAGUGUGUGGCUUUUKCUUUACCUAUUAAAUUGUCUUUAUCUCAAUCCAUCAGUUUUCUCAUUCUUCCAAUUCUCUCUCUGAUUCCUCUGUGGGGGAGUGAAUGAGCAGCUCUGAGGGSCUGAGCUGCUGGCUGGGGUUAAACUCAACAACAGCACCAUGAGAAGAGAUUGGCAGAAUCUCAAAAUCCUUUUUAAAAAUAUAUUCUUACAUUUUUUCCUUUAAUUUUUUUGUAUGUAACAAAGAUUCUUGCCGCACUAUAAAAAUAAGGAAACAUCUUUGGUUCUUUGCAAGUCCUGACAUUCUGCCUGCUCGACCCAGUCUGCCUGAGAUCUCCUUAGGURCAGCAUCUCUCUUGGUGGUGUGCACAGAGAAGUGUUGCAGCAGCAGGAGGAAGAGCCUGACUGCUCAGCUUCACUGCAAGGAUUUCUGGAAGGAGCCAUCUGCUCACUGAUGCCUGCCUAGGGCCCGAGUUUCUCUCCAGCAAGCAUCUUUUGCUGCCUUCUUCCCACAUGCUGCCUGAACACUGAUCAAAUCACUGCAUCUUGCUCCUCAAAGAGUGUCUCUUUCUUUUUCAUAUGAUUUUUUUUUUCUUUUUUAAACAGAACUGUAUAGG